UUCUCUUGUUUGAUGUUUGCUUCGAACCAAGCAUUACAUUCUGAUUCAGCAUGUCAGACAGUUUCCAAGGGGUCCCUGUCUAUUCCUCUAAAAAGUUUAUCAUUCCUUGCUUUCCAAAUAUACUACAUAAUCCAGGGAUAUGGGUCUUUAUCCAAUUCAGGGUCUUCUAUGUCAUUUUUCCUCCAAAAAAGAUAAUCAAUGUUCGCAUAAUGACUCGUGGUAGGGAACAAUAUUGGUGGGGUUGGGGUUGUUGCAUGCGCCCAUGUCUGAAAUGCUGGGGGGGACACUCAAAGAUGGCUUGAUUUAUAGUUUCAUCAUCUGCUCUACAUCUUGGACAAUGAUUGUCGCAUCGCAUAUGACGAUGUGUUAAGUUAUUUUUUACUGCUAAUUGUCCAGAUAUCGUUUGCCAGAUAAAAUGUUUUAGCUUUGGUGGAGCUUGUAUCUUCCAAGCAAAGGCUUGGAGUUUUGUAAUGCUCGGCUCUUUUGGUAUUUCCACUGGUUCUCUAUUGAGGAUGUUCGUGGCUACCCAAUAUCUCGAUUUAACAGUGUACAUCCCAUUCUUAGUAUAGCUCUAGCAAUAAUUAUCUCGCGAUAUCCUUGACUUAUGGCCAACGAUUGGAUCAGAAGGAUGUCGUCCGGGUGUACGUACUUUUCAAGCAUCUCCGAGUUCCAUGUUUUUGGCUCCCCUAUCAUAAAGUGAUGAGCUGACAUCGUUGGAUGUACUACCUGUGCUAUUGGUCUAGCUGGUCUUGCAGGUAUUGUUGGUAUCUAAUUGUCUUCCCAAGUUCUAAUCUCAUUCCCGGAGUGAACCUUCUGUCUGAUCCCCAACAGCAUCAAUGGUUUCCCUGCCAUUAUACUUCUCUAUCCAUAUGAGGGUCUAUCUACCAUGUUAAGCCGCAAAGGCGUGCUACAUCUGAAUUAUUUUCCUCUCAGGACUCUAGAUACCAAAGAAUCUUGGUUUUGUACCAAGCGCCAUAAUUUUUUACCUAGUAGGGCUAGGUUGAAUUCAUGGAUCAAUCUGAAUCCAAUUCCUCCUUCCUCUCUUGGUUUACACAGAUUUUCCCAUUUAACCCAAUGUAUACCCCUUUUGGGAAGGGUCGAGCUCCACCAGAACUGUGCAAUGGCACUAGCUAAGUUUUCACAGAUCUCUAAUGGAAGGAGUAGUGUUGACAUCAUGUAAGUAGGAAGAGCCAGUAGGAUAGACUUUAUGAGUACUUCCUUUCCUCCCUUUGUCAGCCAACGUCCUGUCCAGCCAUUUACGCCAUUUUGCAACCGAUCCUUCAAGAAAGCAAACAACUUUCUUUUCGAUCUGCUAAUAUCCUCAGGAAUACCAAGAUAUUUCCCCAUCCCUCCCUCAUUUGUAAUUCCCAUUGUAGUUUUGAUAGGUUCUUUCACAUUCCCAGGUAUCUUCUUACCAAAGAACAAGGAAGAUUUUUCAAAGUUAAUACAUUGUCCAGAAGCUUUCUCAUAUGUCUUUAGAACUUUCAUGACUUCAUCGCAUUAACGGGGCUCCGCCUUACAGAAGAACAGGCUAUCAUCAGCAAAGAGAAGGUGUGAACCGGGGGGUUAGCACGUGAUACAUGCAUCCCCGUUCUCUUACCAUGAUUCUCUGCAUGAUUAAUAAGGCUAACUAACGCUUCCGUGCACAAGAUAAAGAUGAAAGGAGACAAAGGAUCUCCUUGACGCAAUCCCCUGUGUGGGGUUAUAUUUCCUCUGGGUUGGCCAUUGAACAGGACAUGAUAUUUCACUGAUGUUACGCAUCGCAUUAUCCAUUCAAUCCACAUAACUGAAAAGCCCAUUUUACUCAUGGCCGCACUGAUGAAGUCCCAUUCCAAUCGAUCAUAAGCUUUGCUCAUGUCCGUCUUUAUUGCCAUCCUCUUGUUCCUUCCUCCAGGAUCUGUACGGAGAGCAUGAAACAUCUCCUGUGCUAUUAGUACAUUAUCCGAUAUUUGUCUUCCAGCAACAAAGGUUGACUGGGUUUCUGAUAUCCGAUCCGGAAGUACCUUCUUUAGUCUUUGGCAUAAUACUUUAGAUAUAAUCUUGUAACUAACAUUACAAAGACUGAUGGAACGGAACUGCGACAUUUCAUUUGGUUUGUCUAUCUUAGGAAUGAGCCAAAUAUUUGCAUCAUUUAGGCCAUUUGGCAUAGUACCCUCGAAUAGAAACUCAUUAACUAUACGUAUUAAAUCAUUUUUUCACUGUUUCCCAGAAUUUUUGGUAAAAUAAAGCUGUCAUGCCAUCAGGUCCGGGUGUCUUUUCUGGAUGCAUUGCCAAUAAUGCCAACUUUACUUCCCAUUCAGAAACAGGAGCCGUGAGGUCCGCAUUGAUUUGAUCAGAGAUUGUCGUUGUGACAUUAGCAAGGGCUUCAUCAAUCAGUUCCAGCUUGGAAGAUUCAAAAAGUUCUCUAAAGUAAUCAGUAGCGAUGGCUACCAAUUUUUCUUCAUCCGUAGGUUCCCAGCAGAAUCCAAGAGACCGGUAAUCUUAUUUCUGGCUCUUCUCUGUCUUGUAAUAGCAUGAAAAAACAUUGUGUUCAAAUCUCGCUCCCUCCGCCAGAAGAUUUUACUCUUUUGUUUCCAGAAGUUUUCCUCAGCCUUAAGAGCUUCGGUAAGUUCCUUGAACGCUGCUCCUAUUUCUUCUGUCGUUGCCUCAUCAUCAGAGUAAAUAUUAUCCACCUUCGCCUUAAGCUCUUCAAUUUGUUUUUCAGCAUUUAAAUCUUUCUCUCUUUUCCAUUGUCCUAAAGCUUUCCUACAACUGGAUAUAUGAUCCAUAAUAGUUGCAUUAGGAGAGAGUUCAGGAGAGUUCCAGCCAUCUGAAAUUACUUGACCUAUUUCUUCACUAUCCAGCCAGCGCUUAUCAAAUUUAAAUGAUUUCCUUUUCCUUGAUGGUUUAAUGAGGAUAUCCACCAGUACUGGACGAUGAUCUGAUCCCCACAUAUGCAGAUAUUGUACUUUACAGGGUGGGAAUUUCUCAUGCCAAUCUUCAUUUCCAAGAGCACGAUCUAAGCGACAUCGCACAUUCCCAUUGGGACGUUUUCCAGCCCAUGAUAGUUGGUUCCCAGAAAAUGGAAACUCCAGCAUACCACAAUUCGAGAUCAUUUGGUUGAAAGAGAGAAAUGAUGUAUCAGAUCGUCUCUUGCCACCUUCUUUCUCAUGGUGGCCUCUUAUUUCAUUGAAAUCGCCAAUCAUAAACCAUGGACCAUCUCUAGUAGUGGCAAAACGCGUAAGACGUUUCCAUACUUGAUCUCUUUUUUUCAAGAACAGGGUCCCCAUAAAUGAAAGUCAUGUAGACAUUUAUUCCAUUAAUGACUGUUUUUACAUCAAUCAUUCAAUUAUUCGAAAACAAAAUAACAACUUGAAAUUUAUCCAUAAAAAACAAAGCUAAACCACCACUUUGGCCAAGAGGCUCAACGGUAAACAAUUUAUUAAAACCUAAGUCAGCCUGAAUGUUUUGCAACAGCAGCUUCCUAUUCUUCGUCUCAGAAAGAAACAAGAGUCCUGGGCGAUGCUUCUGACACAUCUCCUUGAGGCGUCGAACUGUGAGGUCGUUCCCAAUCCCUCGACAGUUCCAACUGAGUGUCUUCAUUGAUGAAGGUGGGGCGGAUAUUUGGCAUCCACCAUACCUUUCUGUUGACUACCCGCCCCGGGUGUAGCUUUUUUCGAACUCACCAGCUUUGUUCCCCUUCUAGCGCGGAGAACAUUCACUUGUGGCACUGGCUUAGAGUUUAUUAUUGGUGAAGCUCGCCACUGAUUCCCCUGUUGUGAUCCCGUAAGUAAUGUUCUUGUAACACUCCUUGUAAGGGUUUUUUCAUUCUCUUCCUUAGCAGCCUCAGUCUCUCCAAAGGGUGUGCUUGCCUCAAUCAUAAGAAUUGGGUUAUCCUGCAUAUUCUGAGUAUGAUCAGUCAUCUCCGGAGAUUUACAAUUCACAAGAUCAUCUCCCAGCAGGUCAUCCUCCUCCAUUUACGAAAGCUCUGUACCCAUGAUAGGAUCUUCCAUGUCUGCAUCCGGAAUUUCUUCCUCGUUCUCAAUGUCAUGCUCAUUUAGAGCAUCAAUUUUCAAAGCAUUAUAUGGAGGUAUGAGAUCAUCUGCGACUUCCAUAUGAGAACGUUGAGUUGAGUUUGGCCUCAAUGUGAAAUUAGUAUCCAUAGGAGGUUGCUCCGUCGUAAUCCUUGCUGUGGGUACGAUGUCGGCAGGAGAUGUUUGAUCACUAUGACGAUUGAGCGUAGCUUAUUGGUCUCACCAAUUGAGGCUGAAGUCGCGUCCCUAGGCUGCUGAUCAGCUAUCUUUAGGGGCCUGAGAUGUUUCUCCUUCCAUAAUUGCUCCUUACAAGUAUCUUGAUGAUUUCCCGUCGACGCCUGAUUCCGACCAGAGGAGUAAGGAUUAUAUCGAGAGUCUCUUUUUUUGGGAACUCGACUCGUACGGCUUGAGUGAGCAGAGCGCUGAACACAAGAGUAAGAACUUGUUCCAUCUUUGGGAAACCGAGCUGUCUCAUCCUUCCCACGAGAGUUUCCGGCGGGUACUCUUGAGCCAGCAUCUCUGAGAUCACCUCUACUGGUAAUAGGCCUUACGCGAUCAAAAAAUGUCUCAUGACCAGUCGGAUGCAACAUCACAUUGGUCUGUUUCAUCGGACAGUCUUGAGCCUCAUGUGUCAUAAGACGACAUGUUAUACAAUGUUUAAAAAGCUUUUCAUAAUGGAGCUUGAUGUUGAUGCCUUCCUUUUUUCGCGUUUGGAGCUUCCUGGUGAACUUCAGAGGCUUGUUGGAAUGAAUCUCAACCCUGAUCUUCCCCUCUGCAGCAUCGAUCUUGUCCACUCCCAAGUCGAUCACCAAUAGCUUCCAGGUUCUGAUGAGUGCAGAGGUGCAAGGGAAUGCCUUGGAGUGGGAUCCAAAACGGCACCAUCAAUGGGUAGUUUUCAUCAACAAUUGGUUCCCAGCAAAUCAACACAAACAUACAUAAAUUGUGGUGGAAAGGUCCUUGGUUGAGGACAGAAUUAAGAUCUUCCUCAUUAUCAAAAUUGAAUAAAAAGUGUUUGUUGCCCAACUCGCAAGCAGUGAUCUUCUCAGACAUACCCCAUUGCUCUGGCAUUGCGACAAUGAGUCGUUCCACAUUCUGUUUUUUAGGGUUUAAGAGCUUACCAAUAAGAGACACGCUAUAUUCCUUGAUGAGAUACUCAUCCGCUUGAUCCGGCAAUAGUAUCGGUUCGUCAUCAUCCUCCUUGCUUUCUGAGAAUGAUUGUAGAGUGAGUUACUCUGUUCCUACGGAGACAGAGAAGAGACCAAAGUGUUUGGCCUAAUCCACCAGAUCGUGUCAAGAUGAAGAUCCUGACACGAGGAUCCUGACACGAGAGGUUUACGGAUGGUGAGAUCUGCAGUAGUCGGAGUCGAGACAACGUUGGAGAGCAAGGAAACUACGGGUGCAAGUUGGAGUGUUUAAGAAGCAAGUGAAGUGAAGCUGGUUGGAUUAUACGUCACGGAAAGCUGGUAUGGUCUCCACGUCAAUGGACGUAGGGAUCAGAAUGAGAUCAAAAUUUCAAAGGAAAUUCUCGAUCUGAUGAGCCGCCUCUAUGGUCACCAUUGAAUCGCCCUCGAAUGCCCUAGCCAUAAAUGAUUGUUUUACAAAUUCAUGUUUCUGUCAUAAAGGGUAUUGUUUAGGUUGCUAAAAAAGGGUAUGUUUUAGUUUGGUACAAGUUUGUUUAGCUAAACUAUAAACCACAAGCAACAAAUACGAUAAGGUUAGUAAAAUAAGUGGAAUUCACGUGUUGCAAAGAUGUGGCUUGUAAGGAGGUCUCCAGAAGUCUCCAGGUCUUUGACCUUGCCAGCUUCGAUCUGAUCUUUCCCGGUGUUCUUCUCCGGCGAAUCUUUUGACGGUUGUUCUGUUCUUGCCAUUGAAAUAAGUUUUUUUUUGAAUGAAUGGUAAAUUUUAUUUAUCAAAAAGCCUUUUUACAUGAAAGUUUUUCAUAAAUUUGAAACCUCUAUUCCUUUCCUACUACUGAACUGUAGUCUAUUUUCUAUUUACACUCUUGUGCUAAACCAAAAUGGUAAGAUAUCUACUAUUCCUUUACUUCUUUUUUAUCUCACCAAGCUGAGCUUAUUUCUAAUUCCCUUUUCAAUAAACUUCUUCAUGGCUAGCACCGGCGUAGGCUUUUCCCCAUGCCUUCUCUUAUUUUGCUCCUUCCACACCGCAUAAAUUGUUGUUUGGAAAGCAUAUCUGGCACAUAAACUCAUCUUCUUGUCCCAUGCUGAAUUUGUGAGCAUCGAUACUAUUGUGUUCCAAUUAUUAGAAUAUGCGUUUCGCAGCAUUCCUUUCAUAAGAUAUUACCAAAUCUGUGACGAGAAUUGAUAUCACUCAAAUUACCCUAAGGAGUGAAUUACUCUCUCAAAUAAGACGUUUGGAUGUAGUACUUGAUCGAAUCCACAGAGACUCUAGGAUUACACAAUAGAUUAUGGUUUUGGAAUAAAUCUAGAUUAAAUGGUUUAUAAGUUUUAAAGCAGUUAAUGGAGUGGUGAGCAAGUGUAUUGCUCGAAUGAUUUGUUUUGGGGUUGUUAACAGUUGGGGGAAAUAGCUAGAUUCAGGUAUAUUCUCAGGUAUGAUAAGUAAAACUUAAUUUGGGUUUUUAGGGGUCUAUUGAUGUUAAUCAUUCUUGAAUUCAAACUUUAGAUAUAAUCAAUCUGAAUAUCUAAUCUGAAUCUCGGAUUUCAACUCUCGUAUGUUAAUCACGAGAAAGUGUCGAUCGAUAAUUCUUAAUGAAUAUCAAUCGAUACACCUUUCAAAAUAUUGAUCGACAGGGCUAUUGCUGCGUCGAUCGAUACUUCUUCCAGAAAGCUUUACGGAUAGGUUUGAUCUAAAUUUUCUAACUCACUAGGCCAACUCUCGUGUGUAUCUAAUCAGUUAGAUCAUACUAGUUAUUUUAAGGUAUUGAGUCAAGCAAUGGUUUGAUCCCAAUUAAUCCUAAGAUCUAAAUUUAAAUGGUGAUCAAUCCUAAACUUAGCUUUAUGCAUAACUAGAUGAAAGAAUUAUAUUUCUAAACACCUUAAUAAUUGUUGUUGUCAGUAAUACAUUUAUCAACUUAUUGAGAAACCUAAAUCUAAUAAUAAGGAUUUCUCAGACAUAUUCAUGGAACACAUAGUUAUGAUGGUCUGCAUAAUACUUGAUUAAAAUGAGUGAAUAGAGUAAGCAACAAAAUGAAUAAAAGCAAAGGAGUUCAAGAUCUUCUAUGUUUUGCAGUGUUGAUCUAUCUCUCCAAUUCUAAGCUCUUCCCUUUCAAUGCUGGCUUCUUGCUUCCUCCAAACUAGGUCUAAAAAGGUCUCUAGGCAAGUCUGCCUCUAAAAUGAUUCAAAACCCUAAUAAAUAGCCUAACAGGCGGCCAAGGACUUAAAAUGUAACUAUUGAAACUUUUGUGAAACUGUAAUUCUUCUAAUUUGUCAUUAACUCUCGGGUGGCUUCGCUGUCGAUCGCUAUGAAGAGUUCACUAUCGAUUGAUAUUCCUUGGUAACUAUCGGUCGAUAUUCUGACAAAUAAUCGACCAUCCAACAAAGCUCAAAAAGUCUCCAAAUUGCUCCAAAUACAUCAUUUUCUUUCGGUUAGUACUUGAACCUGGAAUUACUCUAAAUAGACUCUAUAUAGUAGUAAUAUAUCUUAAAACACUCAUAAACCAUAGUUAAAAUUCGGUAAAAUCCAUGGUCUAUCAAGAAUGCACAUUCAAAGAAUAGAUGAUCUCUUGUUUCUGAAUCAUUUUAAAACACUCAUAAACCAUAGUUAAAAUUGGGUAAAAUCCAUGGUCUAUCAAGAAUGCACAUUCAAAGAAUAGAUGAUCUCUUGUUUCUGAAUCAUUUUUGCAUAGAACACAUGUUGUGUCCACACCAUGACUCGAACGAGAGACCUGAUCCAUGGUUGACAUUCUGUCCAGCAUUGCAAUCCAAGCCAUAAAGGCAUAUUUUGGAGUUGCCUACGAAAACCAUACACCCUUUGCCCAUUUGCACUGCGCCUUGGUCUCUCUAAACAUCAGCCAUGUUUCAUGAGUCGAGAACUUAGGUUUAAAGCCUUUGUUUCUCCUCCACAUAUCAAUAUCAUCUCCAGCAUUUCUCUGCUUUUCUUCAAUAGCACCAGAGCCCUUUCAAUAUCAUUUAGCUGGUAUGUGAUGCCUUCUUCUUCGCGGGUUAAGAAUUACUUCCUCCACUGUAGCAUCUCUCGUUAUACAUAUGUCUAUUAUACCUCUCUCUCCUAAUUGAUCCGACAGUGCACCCAAUUCAUACCACCUAUCAAACCAAAAGGAGGUGUGACGCCCAUUCCCCACAGCCUUCAUAUGAAAUGUUUUCCCAACAUCUCGAAGCUUCAACAUCUUUUUUCCACAUCCACGAACCUAGUUGAGUUUUCACACUGAUCUCCAGAAGUUUUUCUUCUUAAGCAAGUAAGCUUUUAUCCAUUUUCUCCAAAGCGACUUACCAGUUAACAUCCUCUAAAUAAGUUUUAACCCGUAAACCAGAUUCACCUCCUUUAGCGCUCUAACUCCUAAUCCUCCUUCAAUAUGAGGCUUACAAAUAUCUUUCCAUCCCACCUUUGAACCUGUGGCCUUUAACUCUGGACCAGUCCAGAAAAACGCCGAAUAAAUCUGCUCAAUAUCUUAUAGACACUUGCUUGGGAGUCUGAAAACAGUGGCCCACAAGUUUACUAUGCUCAUCAGUAUAGAUUUGAUCAACUGCAAUCUCCCAGCAUAUGAUAGGAAACGGCUUGUCCAGCUAGUAAUUCGGCUUCGAAUCUUCUCUAUAAGCGGCAUAUAGUCUUGUUUUAUCAUUGCUUGUGUCAUCAAUGGAAGCCAUUGACAUAGUUUCCUUUAACCAAAGAUGUACCAAGAUAAUCUUUCACUGAUGAUUACCGAAAGAGACUGAAAGGCUUAAGCUUUAUCUGGUAGUUUAGUCUUCCAUUGAUUGGUGCUCAGUACUCUCCAGAAAACUCAUAAAAAUGCGACGAAAAAUCCUGAAAUCGUCAUAAAUCAACGGCAUCAUCUUGUUCCCUCCCUCAAGGAUAACCUCUACUCCAUAGUCUAUUUAUAAGACAGAGCAAGGAUUUACACACACUUGUGAGUUGGGACAAGCAGCCUGAAAAUAAAUAAUACCAUAUAUAUUUAUUAUAGUAAUUUGAUUUUAAUAUUUUUAUAACUAUAGAUAAUGUGUUAAUAUUGUUAAUCUUUUAUUAAAUGCAAAUGUAUAUGCUAGACAAACCUGUUUUAAAUAUUUUACAAACACAUUUGUUUCUAACUCAUGCGCUAGACGUAUAAAUCACUUAAUAACACGUUUUAUACCACUACCACAUGCAUCCGGUCUCUCCCGCACACGAAACUGAACUGUAAUAGCUUCGUUUAAACCACUCACAUGUGGUUUUUAUAUUUAUUUGUUAUGUGCUAUGUGUUUUCAUAUUAUUCCUUAUAAUAUUGAUAAAAGCUAAAGAAGAUGUCAAACUCUCGUGAGACUCAACUGUGUUAUUUUAUAGAUUUUUCAAAUUUUUUUGGUUUUCAUGAUCUAGCUUUAUAUACUAACAAUUAAACAUUAAUUUCCCUGCAAAUGUAAUUAUCUCAAGUCAAAACAGUUAAAUAUGUAUAUACCAAUAAAACGUGGAAUCUGUCUUUAAAACAGAUUUUUGGUACAUUUCUCGAGAACAGUUAAGUGCUAUCAUGGUGAGGACGCACAUGAAUAAAUUUUAAUCCAAUAAUUCAGCUGGUUGGGAGCUAACGGAUUACCUUCCCAACUCUUUGGGUUGAAUCUUAUCGGAACAAUUAAUUUUACUAGAAGAAACAAGAAAAGGAUAAAUAUAUUGGACCCACUUUAUUGAAUAGUCCAACUAACAUACACCAAACUAUAACAUCGGUCUAUUAAUAACCCAAAAGUUCAAACCAAACAACAAGACAAUAAAAAGUUCUCACAACACACACUUCUUGUCUGGGAAACAAAAAAAAAAGAAGGAAAUUACAAGAAAAGAGAUCAAUGGAGGAAGAAUACAUAAGAGUGAUAAACAUAACAGUGAUUGGAGUUAUCUCAUGGGGUUUGAUUUUCAUCCUCGUGCGACGAAUCUUCUCAAACUACUCCUUCGACUUCAGCACUCGUAUUGUCUCGACCCUUCACGCCACAGUCGCGGUCGUUUUAGCAACUCUUACGAUUCAAGAUUGGUCUUGUCCAGUUUAUCCCAUAGCUUCCACUUCAUCUCUCCAGCAGAUGGAAACGAUGGCAUUUUCUUUGUCUUACAUGAUCUACGAUCUUAUUUGCAGUCACUUUGAUCAAGUCCUUAGCAUUGAUAAUGCCGUUCAUCAUUCUGUCUGCAUUCUUGGUUUUGUAGCUGGACUUUGCUACCGAAAGUGCGCAUCCGAGAUGGUUGCAGCAAUUUGGAUUACAGAGAUCUCAAGUCCAUUCCUUCACCUCAGGGAGAUUCUUAAAGAGAUUGGUUACAGAGACACCGAUCUCAAUCUUGCCGCAGAUGUGUGUUUCGCAACAAUCUUCUCACUCGCGAGAAUGGUGGGUGGACCUUACCUCGUUUACGUCACGAUGGCUGCUGAUAAUCCCAUCCUCAUCAAGGCAAUGGCGUUGGGAUUACAACUCGUGAGCGCAUUCUGGUUUUACAAAAUACUGAAGAUGAUGAGAUACAAAAUUAUGAGAAGAUCGAUGCCCAAUACAAAAUCAGAUUAGUUGAAGUUAGUUUACUGUUUUAUCGAUUAUAAUAUUGGUGAAUUCUGAUUUGUUUGCCAUUUUAAGAAUAUUUGAUUUUUUUUUAUUUUACAUGAAAAUCUGUGGAAUUCAAAAUGGGAUUAAAAUAAUUAAUAAAUAAAAUUUAUAAAAAUAAAUUUCAUACCAGUUUAUUUUGAAUUCAAGAUGAAAAUGUAAGAAGUAAGAACUAUAGAGAAUUGUGUGAUGUGAU